AGCAGUAUAUAUGGCCUCUACAGUCCGAAUUAGGGCGCUAGUCAUUUUUAUCUCUUAUAUAACUUCCGGCAAUUCUCUUGGUGUCAUUUAACCGUAUCAAUUGAUGCGUCACCUGUGGUCGCGCACGAUCUAUUGUAAAGGCCAUCAUAGUUCAACACCCCGGGCAACAAUUUUAGCGGUUUACCAACGGAAAGCGUUCUGUUGCCAGGCGAGGGUUUUGAAUUCAGCAACGCAGGAAACCUAUUCCAGACUCUUGAUCAAGUAUAAAAUGGCCCAGUCAGCAUCAACUUCGUCAUUGCGCUUUGCAGAUGUCGCCGUUACAUACACCGCAGACCAAUUUCAGGGCAUCUAUCGAGGCAAACAGUACCAUGAAUCAGACUUCGCAGAAGUCCUUAAACGUGCCAAAGAGUAUGGCUGCGACAAGAUCAUGCUCACUACCAUGACCCUUCCAGGAGCUCAUGAGAACUUGAAAGUUGUGAAAGAAUUUCCGGACAUGUGCACUAUGACAUUAGGGGUGCAUCCGUACCAUGCGGCCGAGAUAUACGUUGAAAAUGAUGGAAGCGAGUAUCUUGGAAACCUUCGCAAGCUUGGAGAAACCCUUCGAGCCGAGAAUCCGUCGCCACUGGUAGCCUUCGGAGAAAUUGGACUUGAUUAUGAAUAUUUGGACCGCGCCGACAAAGCGACCCAGCAGCGUGCUUUCCGCGACCAGCUGGAACUGGCCAUCGAAUUUCAAUUACCUCUUUUCCUGCAUGUGCGCGAGUCGUGUGCCGAUUUCAUUUCGAUCAUCCGACCUUACCUGUCCAAGUUGCCGCGCGGCGGGUUGGUGCAUUCUUUCGCUGGGUCGAAAGAGGAGAUGUUGCAGUUGGUUGAGCUGGGCUUUGACAUCAGUGUCAAUGGUGUUUGUUUCCGUACUGAAAAACAACUGGAGAUGGUCCGGCACAUUCCCUUGGACAAACUGCAGCUUGAGACCGAUGCUCCGUGGUGUGAGAUUCAAAACAAUGACGAGAAAAUUGCCCCAUUUCUCGCCAAUGCAAAGCCGCUACCUCCAUCUCGCAAGCACAACAAAUUUAUUCUGGGACAAAUGGUCAAGACGAGAAAUGAAAGCUGUACGAUUGAACGUGUUGCUCUGGUUGUGGCAGGCUUGAAAGGUAUUUCACUGGAGGAGAUCUCACAGGCGGCGUGGAAUAACAGUGUUCGAAUGUUCGGUUUAGGAGUACAGGGUCAGUGAUCUUGAGAUAAUCCUGUUUACAUUUACUAUAGAGUAUCGAGUACAUAGAGAUUAUGCGCAUAUAGACAUGACAUUCACGCUCGAGCAGACGCCGUGCCUUUACAUCUACAGUACGUUUAAUCUCGAUAUAUGACGUCUAAUGCAUGUUGUAGUUCCUUGAGAGUGUAAAUAGCAUACCCUCAAGAAAUUUAGUGCACAUAGUAGGCGAAACACUGUGC